AUGCAUUUGACCAGCGUCAUUGCAUCUGCCUUGAUGGUGAUCGCUCAGGCGGACAUCACCUCGGCCAAAGCCAUCGCGCAUCUUCCCAAUGCGCUGCGGAGGAGGAUUUAUAUGGACGACCUCGAGAGGGACGUAGCAAAGCUUCUGCGCCGAGCACCUGAACCACAAAAAUCCGGCUCGGUCAUCAACGUUGCGGCACCGACCAACAUGACGAACGCAACAAUUGCGACGGCCUGCACCGAUGCGCUGAGCAAGAUCACCAAGGUCGAUAACCCGGCUGGUUUCGGGGCAUGCUACAACAUCCUUUCCUACGAUGCGAAAAACAAAAACUUUGAAGCAGAUCUUAGAUUGUACCAGAUGUUCAAUACCUCUGGUGCCUUUGCUGGCCUCCAGGCCAGCGACCUCCAGAUUGGACUCGUCUAUCCCUCGAGCACGACAUUUCAGCCGUUGACGAGCCUGAGGCGGACAAGGAGGUCUCUUGAGGGACGAGCAGCGAACAUGCCAGAGAUUCAGCAAUAUUCACUCGUUGGCAAUUUCGACUCUACCCUGGACCUGAAUAAGUUGAACGACACGCAGAUCAUGUCCCUCAUGUGGCCCGACAUCAAACUGAACGCCGUCGAUGCCGACCAGAAGAUCAUCAGCGGGAACAUCACGGCAAACGACGGCGCCUGGUUCGUCACAGGCCAAUUCAGCGGCGAGUUCAAACCCGAUUUGGUCACCGCUGCUGUCGCAAAGAAGGCCAUUUCUGUCGCGAAACCUUUUGUCCUACCAGGCACCCACUGGGGCAUCUUUCCUAUCGGAUUCAUCGUCACCAUGGUAUGGACUGUCCUGUUUUUCAUCGCCUACGGAUUGGGCACGCUCGGGCGCAUUAGGUACCGAGAUGCGUACCGCAAGAGAAAAGCAGCGCAAGCCGGCAGGACAGGGAAGCGGAUAUAA